AUUGUUGGGACAAAUGGCAUUUAGCUAACAUUGCACAGCUCAAGGGCUUCUCAUUUCACAAUGGGGGAUCUGUACCAAUGUAUUGGAGGCACUCUGCUUUCCUUUGGAGUGCUCAGUUUCUGUUCAGGAGUUAUUGCCUUUUUUCCUGUCUUUUCCUACAAGCCGUGGUUUAUUGGCUGGAGUGUCCGAAUUGCUGCUCCGCUUUGGAAUGGAGUCUUGGCCAUUUUUGUUGGAGUUUGUGUGCUGGUGGCAAACAGAGAACGAAGCAGGAGAUCAAUGUGGGAAGUGAGCUACACAUUUGCCAUCCUGACCACUAUGUGCUCUCCUGUUCAGUUUGCCCUUGCAAUUGCCUCCCUCCUGAUUGGCCCUUACUGCUACUAUGCAUUUGCUGGAGCUGUUGGGAGUGCUUAUGUUGGUUACGCUGUUCAGUUUCCUUUUCCAUACGGGACAUUUCCAGACAUAUGUCAGGACCCACAAUUCUAUCAGUGGUAUCACUUUGCCCUGCAGUUACUGGAUAUCAUCAGCGGCAUCAUCUUGUUUGGUUUUUCUCUAUGCUUUGUGAUCAUCCUGACGUUGAGGCUUCAUCAAGCGGGGAAUCUGAAUAAACCAAUGCGGGUCUGGUAGUCUGAUCAUCUGGAGACCAGUGCUGCUGAAAUCACCAUUGGAUGUUAUUUCAUUGAUUUCUUUCUUUCCUUGAGAUUUUUGCAUCAAAUUGUCUUUUCAGAAGUUCAUUGCUACAUAUUAUCAGCAUAUUAUCAACAUAUAUGUAGAUGUGAUUUAAACAGAUUUAAAGAAAAUAUGGGCCACUACUGGACUGGCAGACACCAAUAAUCUUGUUUGAUGAGCUGACACUGUGUGAAUAUUUGACUGUCAUGCAUGUUACUGCCUAAUAUUAUGUCAUAAGUGUUUGGAUAAGAACAUAGUU